GCCAACCAAUCCGCAUCAAUGAUACUUCGUGCAACAUUCCAUCAAUAGAAACAUUCAAGCAACAUAACUUAAUGUAGGGAAACUGUCAAAGGCAAAAUGACGCACCGGGCUGCGCUGCUCCGUUCGGCAUUGUGCCUCACGACAGCGAAGCCACGGCCGUCACCCACGCUUUUCUGCUUCCCUGGACUCGAGUCAGCCCCGUGGCAUGAUACAAGUAAAUUCGAGUGGGUCAAACACCUCGAGGCCAACCGCGAGACCAUCACGAAUGAGUAUCUGGCGCUUAAAGCACAGCGCGAUGCACUAGCCAAGAACUCGGAAGAGGCGGCCAAUGAGGCGAGCGACUACAAGGUCUACGACAAGGAACACCAGCUGCACCAGGGCAAGUGGGAUUGGCUCUCGUAUGUGACCCAGGGCCGACGCCAAGCGGACUUUGCCGUACAAUGCCCUAAGACAGUGGAGAUUCUAGAGGACAUUCCGGGAUUUAUGGCUGGACUGCCAUUCGCCUACUCGUUCUUCUCCAUCUUGAAACCCGAGUCGAGUAUUAAGGCUCACUCGGCCCCAUGCAACAUCCGACUACGUUGUCACUUCCCGUUGAUUGUCCCGGAAGGCUGCGGGAUCCGUGUUGGUGAUGAAACGCGACAGUGGGAAGAAGGCAAAGCGCUCGUAUUGGAUGGUACGAAACGUAAAGUUUAUGCAGUAGUUCUCUGUUGGUUUUUGACAUAAGUGAACCUGCAGACGCUUUUGAUCAUGAGGUAUGGCACAACGGAAAGGAGGGAGAUCGUGUGCUGUUGCUUUUCGACGUUUGGCAUCCGGAUCUUGUCCAGGGAGAACGCGAGGCAAUCACCGAAAUGUUCAAGGAGGCGAAGGAGAAGGGCUGGCUCAAGGACUACGAGUAAGAGGGACAGCAUUCAAACACUCGCAAGCGUUGAGGAUACUUGUUUAUUCAAGGCAGUAGCUCGUCAAACCCGCCUCCACGUUUAUCCGAACCAUUUCCCCUAGCGUCUGCCCUAGUUGUAACACCAGGAUACGUCGCUUUCUGCUCAGCAUUGAUCUUCACACACAAGUCGUGGACGUCUGCGUUGUCACCUACCUCGCGCUCACUACCGCUACUUGACGGUGAUCUACGUCGCUUGGCCUUCCGUGAGUCGGAUCCACUCUCCAGCCGUCGUCGCUUCCGUUCCCUCUUC